GCAGUGGAUUUAUAUAUCCUCUGACCACAAAGUAAUUGGAUGAUUCUGGCCAAGAUACCCAUUUGAGCACAUUGAAAGCUUUCUUGAUCAGAUACCCAUUUGAGCACAAUGACGAACUUCGUUGACCACACACCCGUUUGAGCACAUUGAAAGAUUCCUUGAUCACAUAUCUACUUAAGCAUAUUGAGUUCUUUGUUGAUGCAAAAAUUCAUUGCAUUUCAUUGAAAGCUUUCUUGUUCACAAAUCCAUUUGAGCACAUUGAAUGCUUUCUUGAUGCAAAAAUUCGUUUCAUUCGUUGAGAGCUUUCUUCCUCACAUAUCCAUUUGAGUACAAAUUUCGCGAAUGCUGUCUUGCUACUAUUUUGUCAUGGAUUCAAUCAAUGUUGCAUCAUCAGCAUACUCUGUAGCUGCAGGACUUCUCUUUCUGAUAUUCAUCAUUUUCCUGAAGAAGAAGAGUAAGAGGAGUUUGUCAUUACCAUUACCACCAGGUCCUCCUGGAUGGCCCUUCAUUGGAAACCUCCCUCAGCUUGGGGACAAGCCCCACCAAUCUCUUUUCCUCCUUGCACAGAAAUAUGGGCCUCUCAUGACUAUCAAAAUGGGCAGACAGACAAGUCUGGUUGUGUCAUCUCCAUCCAUGGCAAGAGAAGUACUAAAGAACAAUGACCAGAGCUUCUCAAGCAGGAAAACCAAUAUAGCUGCAAGGACAUUUGCCUACCAAGGCACAACUCUAGUAUGGAGUCCUUAUGGACCUCAAUGGCGCUUGCUUAGAAAGAUCUGCACCACAGAGAUUUUUAGUGCCAAAAGGUUGGAUGCUCUGCAACAUUUGAGAAGAGACGAGGUAUUUACGGCUAUUGAUUACAUCUUGAAGGAUUCUAAACAGGGUAAUAUUGUAAAUAUUGGUGAAAGAGCUUUUAUGAUUUCUCUUGGCCUUGUGGGUAAGAUGGUUUGCAGCCAAAAGGUAUUUGAGACAGGCUCUGCACAAGCUGCAGAGUUUAAGAACAUGGUUUGGGAAGUCCUCAAAUUGACAGGGGUUCCGAAUUUAUCUGACCUUUUUCCUUUUCUGGCGAGGCUUGAUCUUCAGGGACUGAAUAGUAAAACUAAGAUUUUAGCCCAGCGUUUUGAUAAAAUGUUUGACAGAAUUAUUGAGGAGCGACAAGUACAGAGGGCUGAUACACAAUACAACAGCAAUGAAGAGAAGGACUUUUUGGAUGUAAUGUUGGAUUUAAAAGAAGAUGGUACACAACUUACACUGGAGAACAUCAAAGGAAUGUUUAUGGACAUGUUUAUUGCAGGGACCGACACAACUUCAGGAACAAUUGAAUGGGCAAUGGCAGAGCUUCUGAGAAAGCCAACAGUGCUGAAAAGAGUCCAAGCAGAGCUGGAUGAUGUUGUGGGUUUGGAGAGAAGAAUGGAGGAAGAAGACGUAGCAAAUCUUCCAUAUCUUCGAGCAGUAGUGAAGGAAGUGUUCCGACUACACCCUGCAGCCCCAUUGAACAUUCCUAGAAAAGCAGACAAGUCUUGUGUCAUUAAUGGGUACCUUGUUCCAGAGGAUACCCAAGUGUUCGUGAAUAUUUGGGGCAUUGGGAGAGAUCCUAGUGUGUGGAAAGAUCCUUUAAAUUUCAAUCCAGAUAGGUUUUUGGAAUCCAACAUUGACUACAAAGGCCAGGACUUUGAACUGAUACCAUUUGGAGCAGGAAGAAGGAUAUGCAUUGGGAUUCCACUGGCGCAGAAAAUGGUUCAUUUGGUGGUGGGAUCAUUGCUGCAAGCCUUCAAUUGGUCCAUUGCUAUGGACAAUGAGCCAAGUAUUGAUAUGUCUGAGACAUUUGGCAUAACUCUGCAAAAGGCUGUGCCAUUGAGAGCUACUCCUACCCCAAGAAAUGGCAUGAAGUUUUAGUGCUAAUUGCUUUUCUGAAAUAUUAAGGCUUAUCUUUAUAAAGUCAUUUUAGUGGCUUAUAUAUUUAGUUAGAUAUAAGGUUUUAUAAAAAUCAUAAUGUAAUACAUUUGGGAAUGAGUUCAAUAAGAUUAUUAUCAUUUUAUGUU